CACUAUCUACCGAGAGGGCGGUGUCCACAGAAAUCACAAUGGCUGCAACGGACCGGGGUGUUGUACUGUAAAACGAGCACACACAAAAAGAGGAAACAGCGACAUGACACAGGAAACUGUUGUGGAAUACAGUCCGUUUGUGGGCGCUUGACAUGUCAACACAAGCUUCAAUGUACGCAACGAUGAACGUCUGCUGGAGAACCGCCUGCGGAGGCGACUGGAGCUCCGGCCUCAACGCGCUCCUCUCCCUUCAGCGGUGUCUGCGGACGGCACCGUCCUGGGUCCGGGGUCGGUCCGCCGCCGCCAAACACGCUCCAGGCUCCGACGCGGCAGAGAAACCCCGGCUCAGAGCCAUCGACCUGGCCCGGGCGGUGCAGCGGGAGAAGGCCAAGUCUCAGGCGGCGGAGGCGCCGAAGGACGCGAUGUCCCCUCAGCAGAGGAGGGUGUCGGAGCUGAAACAGUUCAGUCAGCAGCUGCAGCACGUUCACCCCAACGUGUUGGCCAAACACCUCCACAGAGGCGUGUUGUACCAGGACCAAGACCUGGUGGUCAUCAAUAAACCCUACGGUGUCCCUGUCCGAGAUGACUCUGGAGCCAUAUCUAUUUCCUCCGUGCUCCCUGUCAUCUCCAUAAUGAUGGAGGGCAGGAAGGCCCGGUCCGGUUCUCAGCUGCUGCCCUGCGUGGGUCUAGAGAAGGAGACGACGGGCGCUCUUCUGCUGGCCAGGAGUGAAGAGGCGGCGGAGCACGUCCUCAGCCUGCACAGAAACAACCAAGUGCACAAGAAAUUCUGGGUCGUCACGGUCGGCGUGCCUGUGCCGUCAGAAGGCGUGAUUGACAUUCCCAUCAUAGAGAGGCAGGUCUCAGGCCCUCAGCCACACUACAAGAUGGCGUUAAGCCCCGUUUACAAAAUGAACGACGCAGGCAACGGCGUGACCAAGGUCCGAUCCCAUCGCCAAGCCAACUCUGCAGUGACCAAGUACAGGGUCCUGGACAGCAGUAGUGGUUGCAGCCUUGUGGAGCUCCAGCCUUUUACUGGAGUGAAGAACCAGAUGAGGGUCCACAUGGCAUUUGCUCUGGGGUGUCCCAUUCUAGGAGACCAUAAAUAUUCCCACUGGAGCAAACUAGCACCACAGAAAUUGCCUGAACGCGUGCUGGCAAAGCUCGGACUGGAACAGAGCAAGGCGCGACACGUUCCACUGCAUUUACAUUCACGACAGCUGAUACUUCCAGGAACCAGUGAAGGGGACAUCAGUGUGUUUUGUCCGCUGCCCAAAUACUUCACACAGACGUUAAAAAGACUGCAUUUAAUCCUUGAUGAUGAAAAAUAUAAAUAAGGCACGCUUGGUAAACUCUGAUCCUACAUUGUGUGUGUGUGGGGGGGUGUAUUUAAAUGAAAUAGUAAAACCUUUAUAACAGAUAUUUUGUAAGUUUGUCAAAGACUGUAAAUGGACUGCAGUGCUAUAGAAUUCAUUUUAGUAAUAAAAUGUAUUACAGCUA